GAAGGACAUUAAACACAAACAAAAUCGCAAACCAAAGACAACUUGAGAAUCCAAACUAAAGAGUAAAAUGGCCAAAGCUUUUCACAUAAUCAUCAUUCUGUUCCUCACAUCAUUCAAUCUCCUCGCAGUCAUCAACUCUUCUAGACUUCUUGACGAGAUCCAACCUCAGCCUCAGUUAAUCCCUACAGGCCAAAUCCCCAUGGUGGCUCCAACCGAAGCUGAGGAGGAUGAUGGAUCCGAUGACAAUUCAGGACCCGCACCCACAACCACAAAUACUCCAUCAGCAAUUACAGUCCCAGCCGGUCCAGCAGGUGCUACAGCGGGUGAACACGAGCCAUUACUAGAGUUCUUUAUGCAUGACGUGCUAGGCGGGUCUCACCCAUCGGCUCGUGUGGUUACCGGAAUAGUAGCUCAAACCGAAGUGAAUGGAAUACCAUUCUCUAAGGCCAGCAACAGCAUUUUCCCGGUUGACAAUGGAGUUCCACUGGUCAACUCAAACAACAUCAACAGUGUUAUUAACCCAAACACAGCUCCACUUCUCACAGGACUUGGCGGUGCUCAAACCUCCACCGUAAUCCAAAACACUAAUGGGAAUUCCAACGAUGCUCUUAGCGCAAACAAUCUCCCUUUUGUAACCGCCGGAAACCUCCCUCCUGGUGCUGCCCUCCAGCAUCUCAUGUUCGGAACCAUAACCGUUGUGGACGAUGAACUAACCGAAAGCCACGAGCUCGGCUCAGCUGUUAUAGGGAGAGCUCAAGGCUUUUACUUGGCCAGUUCUUUGGACGGCACAAGCCAGACUCUUUCUUUGACCGUGUUGCUACAUGGAGAGCAUGACCAUCAUGACACUUUAGACGACGCCAUUAGUUUCUUUGGAGUUCACCGGACCGCCUCUCAUGCCUCUCAGAUUGCAGUUAUUGGCGGGACUGGGAAGUUCGAGCACGCGAAAGGGUAUGCCAUAGUGGAAACUCUGCAUAACCAGAACAACCAGCAUAUCACUGAUGGUCAAGACACCAUCCUCCAUUUCAGUAUAUACCUCACCUACAAAGCUUGAAGAGAAAAUGAGACUUAAAACAAGAAAUGAUUGCUUUUGUAUAUGUUCUUGCUCACUAGCUUCUGCUUGUGGCCUUUUUCCAUUGUUGUGUAAAUCUAAAUUCCAAAGAACUUUGUUUAAAUGAGACUGUUUCAAUCAAA